AUGAAUUUUAAAUUAUAUUCUAAGUUAGUUCUUGCAUUGUUUGUUCUCAAUUGCGUCCUAGUCGUUGCUGAGACUGAAUAAACUUCAGCUGUUUCUUUCCUUGAAACAAAGUUAGAUUUUUCAGCUAGAGCUAAAGAUCAAUUUGCAAGUGAUGCUUGUUAAACAUAAUGCAAAAAAAUUGGAGGAUCUCCUUGUGGUGUUCUUUCAAAGGCCUGUUGUAAAAGUUCUGACUAUUGUAAGAGUAGUUGGGGAUCAAAGUGGUGCACUGUUCCAGUUCAUGCUUUUAUUUGCUGA